GCAACGUUACGAACCUACAGAGCUCAUUUGGCUUCCAAUGGCAAAGAAUUCAAUUGAUGAUUAGAUUGAAAACUUGAUAGAUAAAGAUAUAUUUAGUUACUAAAAGAAAGAUGCGAAUAAUUCAUCUGUAAUUGACACGAAGUGAAAUGACGUUAGUUACUUUGCUAAGUAAAUGCUCGUAUUCACACAUUAGACUCGGAAUUAAUUACAUUAAUGCUUUUGUCUCAAGUUGAUUCCACGCGACGAUUUGAUUACAAGGAAUAUUUCCAUCGAAUUAUUUAUCGAGAAAUUAAAAAAAAAUCUACAUCACGCGAUAAUUUAAAUGAAUUAUAACGACGGGGAGGAAAGAGGCGCCGAUCGCAAAACAAUAAACACAAACAAGAGCCCACGAAACAAGUGAAACGACACGCCGCACAAUCCUAUCUUUCAACGGGGUAUUGCAGAUCCGCCAUUGUUCGAAGUUUUCCGCUGGCGCGCAUCGCGUUGGUUUAUUUGUCAGGCUUGCAUGCCGGCGCAGAGCGCGAUGAUUGCGACGGCGGCGACCAGACGCGAAGUGAUUCGUCGCGAUCGUCGUAUCCUCCCGGCUGUAAAUGCGAAGAGCAGAGCUGAUAGCCGCGGAGGCAGACUAGGCGACCAGAUAACGGCCGAACGAGGAGUCGCCGCAACGGCCCGUGCACGUUUAUAACGCAUCGCGCUACUUCCUUACGGGCAGACCGACGCCUGGCACUCAUCGCCGUCAUGCUGCAGUCUGCGCGCGCAAAUGAGUCGAUCGGUGAAGAGGUGCAUCGGCGAGAUUCAAAUCGAUAAUCACGAUCCGCGGGAUAACAACGACAGCCACAACGGUGACGGCUCGCAUGCCAAGAUGAACAAGAGCGAGAAGAUCCCGUUGUUGGCAAAUUGGACGGCGGCCUCGCCGCAGCCGCGCUGUUUGCCCACUUAUAGACGACGAGGCGCGUACGUGCCGCAGCGCUGGGUGUUCGCGGUGAUGGGCUUCCUGGCGCUGCUCAACGCCUACGCCAUGAGGGUCUGCCUGUCGAUCACCAUCACGGAGAUGACGCUGCCGCGCGAGGGCAGCGUGGCCGGCGAGGAGAUCUGCAGCCAGCUGAUCCCGGGCAACGCGACCGGCGGCGGCGCGGCGCCCGCUCGCCGGGGCACCUACGACUGGGACGAGGAGCUGCAGGGCAUCAUCCUGUCGUCGUUCUACUGGGGCUACGUGCUGACGCACCUGCCGGGCGGCAUGCUGGCCGAGCGCUUCGGCGGCAAGUACUCGCUGGGCCUGGGCAUCCUGUCCACGGCGCUGUUCACCGCGUUGACGCCCGUGGCGGUGGGCUGGGGCGGCGCGGGCGCCCUCGUCGCGCUGCGCGUGCUCAUGGGCCUGGGCGAGGGCACCACCUUCCCGGCGCUCAACGCCAUGCUCGCGCAGUGGACGCCGCCCGAGGAGCGCUCCAAGAUCGGCUCGCUCGUGUUCGCCGGCGCGCAGCUGGGCACGGUGUUCGCGACCACGCUGUCGGGCAUAAUCCUGCACCACUCGACGGUCGGCUGGCCGGCCGUGUUCUACGUGUUCGGCGGCCUGGGCGGCCUCUGGUUCGUGGCCUGGGUGGCGCUCUGCUACAACAACCCGCGCGAGCACCCGUUCAUCUCGGCGAGCGAGGCCGCCUACCUGCACGAGCGCACGAGCGCGACCACGUUCGGGCGCGCGCCGCCCGUGCCCUGGCGGCGCAUCCUGCGCUCGGCGCCGCUCUGGGCGCUGAUCGCCGCGCAGGUCGGCCACGACUGGGGCUUCUUCACCAUGGUCACCGACCUGCCCAAGUACAUGAGCAGCGUGCUUCACUUCUCCAUCAAGGACAACGGCCUGUACUCGUCCCUGCCCUACCUGUGCAUGUGGUUCUGCAGCUGCCUGGCCUCCUGGCUGGCCGACCUGGCCAUCGGCCGCGGCUGGAUGACCACCACCAGCGUGCGCAAGUGGGGCACCAGCGUCGCCUCGGUGGGGCCCGGCCUCUUCGUCAUCGCCGCCUCCUACGCCGGCUGCGACCAGACGGCCGUGGUCGUGCUCAUGACCGUGGGCAUGACGCUCAUGGGCACCUUCUACCCGGGCAUGAAGGUGAACGCGCUGGACCUCAGCCCCAACUACUCGGGCACGCUGAUGGCCAUCACCAACGGCAUCGGCGCCUUCACCGGCAUCCUCACCCCCUACAUCGUGGGCGUGCUCACGCCCCACCAGACCGUCGGCGAGUGGCGCCUGGUCUUCUGGAUCGUGCUGGCCGUCUUCCUGGCGACCAAUCUGCUGUUCGUGCUGUACGCGAGCGGCGAGGUGCAGCCGUGGAACGACCCCGACUGCCGCGGCGGCGCCGACCCGGAGAAGCCCAAGCAGCAGCCGGCCGUCGCGCAGCUCGCCCGCGACGAGAAGCUCGGCGGCACGUGACCGCGGAGUCGCGGCGCGGCGCGCUGGCACUCCAGACGCCGGAAGUGGCUCUCCCCUUUCGUCGCUCCCCCGACCGCCCUCGGCGAGAACGGACGCCGGGAGACGGCCUUCGACGUCUCUCUAUCCCUCCCCUCUUCCCUUCUCUC